GUUUUUGUCGCGGUUGUUGUUGAAGCCCGAACGAACGUGAGGGGCGCGAUCCCGUUGAGGUUUACAACACACGGAAAUGCCGGCUUACCGGGUGUCGAAUACUUUUGAGUAAAGGUCGCUGAUUUCCAGCCCCUGGGAAAGAAGUCCCCACCCGCUUCCCCCUUAGCCAAGGGAUUCCGCCCCCACCGCCCUUCGCUCCGUUUCCCUCGGCGCCUCACGAGGCUUCCUGUCGGCCUCGAGAGAGGCAAGUUGGCUGGAGCUCCCCGGCACCUGAGGAGGCCUCUGCGGGAGGCCUGUCAGUAGCGAAGGGGACGAGGAGGAGGAGAGGACGCCACCAUCAUGUUUUCUUUCAAUAUGUUCGAUCACCCAAUCCCCAGAGUGUUCCAGAACCGCUUCUCGACUCAGUACCGCUGUUUCUCAGUGUCCAUGCUUGCUGGACCUAAUGACAGGUCAGAUGUGGAGAAAGGCGGGAAGAUAAUUAUGCCACCCUCUGCUUUGGAUCAACUCAGCCGGCUUAAUAUCACCUAUCCUAUGUUGUUUAAACUGACAAAUAAAAAUUCCGACCGGAUGACGCACUGUGGCGUGCUUGAGUUUGUGGCCGACGAAGGCAUUUGUUACCUUCCACACUGGAUGAUGCAGAACUUGCUCUUGGAGGAAGGGGGCCUGGUGCAGGUAGAGAGCGUCAACUUGCAGGUGGCGACGUACUCCAAAUUUCAGCCGCAGAGCCCUGAUUUCCUUGACAUCACCAACCCCAAAGCAGUAUUGGAAAACGCUCUCAGAAAUUUCGCUUGCCUGACCACCGGAGAUGUUAUAGCCAUCAACUACAAUGAAAAGAUCUACGAGCUUCGAGUGAUGGAGACGAAACCCGACAAAGCUGUGUCCAUCAUAGAGUGUGACAUGAAUGUGGAUUUUGAUGCACCCUUGGGUUACAAAGAACCAGAAAGACAGACACAGCAUGAGGAGUCCACAGAUGUGGAGGCAGACCACAGCGGCUAUGUGGGUGACCUGGGAUUCCGUGCCUUUUCAGGAUCUGGGAACAGGCUGGACGGGAAAAAGAAAGGCGUUGAGCCAAAUCCUUUUCCAAUUAAACCAGAAGACAUUAGGAGAGGGAUUCCCAACUAUGACUUCAAAAUUGGCAAGAUCACAUUCAUCAGAAAUUCUCGGCCGCUGGUCAAGAAAGUAGAAGAAGAUGACUCUGGAAGCCGCUUCAUUGCCUUUUCUGGAGAAGGCCAGUCACUCCGCAAGAAAGGAAGAAAACCGUAACUCCCGGAACCAGGAGUUGGUCAGGAAGAAUAAAAUAACACUGCAGCGUU